AUUAAUUUGCCCCGCACUUUUGCCUUUCUUUUAUUAAGAUCGAUGCUCCGCCUUUCACUCAUUCAUCUGCUACAUCUUGUGGAUAUUCAGGACUGCCUCCACCAUGAAUCUGUCGCCUAUCACCAGAUUGUUUGUGGUUGCGACCAGUUUCUUUCCCAGCAUUAUCCUGGCCCUCACACGCGAUCAAGUUCCUAACCUCCGUAACUCUCGUCUAGCUGCUGCGCCGGGGGAUUCAGCAGCUGAGGUUGCUGCAAUUGCUGCUGCUUCCACCAUUCAGAAUGCGACUUUUGAGCAAUUAAUUGACCACGACAAUCCUUCUCUUGGCACGUUCAGUCAAUUCUACUAUUAUUCGACUGAAUUUUACCAGGGACCAGGAAGCCCUGUGGUACUUUUCACCCCAGGAGAAAUUGCUGUUGUUGGCUACAAGAGUUAUGCCACUACAAAUCGAACCUCCGGUGUCAUUGCAAGUGAGAUCGGUGCAGCUUUGAUUGUGAUCGAGCACAGAUAUUGGGGUUUCUCGUCUCCAUACCAAAAUCUGACAACCGAAAACCUGCAAUAUCAAACCCUCAAGAACGCAAUCGCAGAUCUCAAUUAUUUUGCCCUGACUGCCAAGUUGCCUUUCGACGAGUCGGGUGCAACCAACGCAGACAAAGCACCAUGGGUACUCAUUGGAGGAUCAUAUUCAGGAGCUUUGACGGCAUGGACUCAAGCUACAACCAAGCCAUCGGUCAUGUGGGCCUACUACGCUAGCUCAGCUGUUGUGGAAACUAUUGGGAACUACUGGUCCUACUUCCUUACAGAGACCCUGAACAUGCCUCAGAAUUGCAGUUCAGAUAUCGCUGCAGUAAUUGAAUACCUGGACGAAGUUUAUGUGGUUGGAGAUCAUGAGGAGAUCAGGAAAACGAAGGAAAUGUUCGGACUCGGUGACGUGACGCAUUACGAUGAUUUCACGGACGCACUUGCCAACGGGCCUUAUUUAUGGCAGGGUAAUCAAUUCUAUGAGAAUACCGGAUUCUUCGAUUUCUGUGAUGCCAUUGAGGGUAUCACCAGUAACACGAGUGUCAUCCCGAAUGCAACUGGAGUUGGUUUGGCAAAAGCCUUGCCAAAUUACGCAAAUUGGAUGUCAACUGUACUUGUCCCAGGCUUUUGUGAAUCGUACGGUUAUUCCGUGUUCAAUGGCACAAAUAAUGUUUUAUGCUUCGAUACAUACAAUGCCUCAUUACCUACAUACUCCGAUUACAGCGUGGACAAUACUUAUGAUAGGCAGUGGGAUUGGUUCUUAUGCGAAGGAUUUGGAUGGUGGCAAAAUGGAGCACCGGCCGGAAUGAAGACAAUUGUCUCACGGACAGUUCAAGACCGCUACUGGGAAAGACAGUGUCCGAUGUGGUUCCCCAAGGAAGGUAAUUAUACCUAUGGUCUCGCUGCUGGUGACACCUACAACACCACAAAUCAAUACACUGGCGGUUGGUUCGGCUUCACUAAUUCAACUCGCCUCAUCUUCGUUUCCGGCACAAAUGAUCCAUGGAGAACAAGCCAAGUCACAUCUCCGUUGAGGCCUGGAGGUCCACAGCCAUCUACAGCCGCUCAGCCUGUUCUUGAAGUACCGGGAGGAUAUCAUACGAGUGAUCUAGUCACCGCAAAUGGCGUUGCAAAUGCUGGUUGUGCUGCAGUUCAAGCUCAAGCAAUCGCGCAGAUAGUGGCAUGGGUCGGUGAGUAUGCCGCAUGAUCUGCUAUAAAAAAGAUAAUAUAAUAUUUUCAACAC